AUUAUAUCUGUUGUAGCUACUUUGUCCGGUGGUCUUCCCAGUGAAUCGGUCCAGGCUGCAGCUGUUGGUUUGGUGAGAUUGAGAUGAUGAUGAUGAUGAUCAGCAGUGCCCUCUGGUCGUGUGACCAUUGCAUCAUGUCAUGUGACCAUCAUGUGACUCUUACUUCCCUGUGCUUCAUUAUCACAUCAUGCAGUAAAGAGUUUUUAACU